AUGGUUUUCGACUUCCUCUAUGUGCAUCUCAACCUCGUUUUCUUCUCUUCUAUUUUGAUUUCUCAGUGCUUGGCGUUCACUCAUCCAUCUGAAGUCUGGGCUCUCCAGGAUCUAUACAGGGCCUUAAACUACCCAUCAGUGCUCCAAGGAUGGAAUGGAAGCGAUCCUUGUGAGGAGUAUUGGACAGGAGUUGUUUGUUCUGGGGCAUCAGUUGAACAUUUAAAAAUUCAAGGAUUAAACCUCACUGGGUGUUUUGGAAGCAUGCUCUAUAAUCUACAUAAAUUGAAGGAACUUGAUGUCAGUUCUAAUAACAUAAUGGGCGAAAUACCAUUCAGUUUACCCCCCAAUGCCACACAUAUGAAUUUAAGCCACAAUUUCUUAAAUGGACCCAUUGGUGAUGUAUUUACUGGCUUAGAUAAUCUCAAAGAAAUGGACCUUUCAUACAAUAAUUUCUCGGGAGAUCUACCAAGUUCAUUUGGUUCCUUAACAAACCUUGCUAGAUUGUUCCUGCAUAAUAACAGAUUCACUGGAUCAGUUGCCUACCUGGCUGAACUUCCACUUAUAGAUUUGAACAUUCAAGAUAAUCUGUUUAGUGGCAUUCUUCCACAGCGUUUUCAGUCCAUACCGAAUUUAUGGAUUGGAGGGAACAAAUUCUAUACAGCAGAUUACUCUCCUCCCUGGACUUUUCCUUUGGACACUGUACCAGUUGAGCAUAAUAUCAGUCGCCCACCCACAACACAGGCAAAUGCCAUCAAGAACUAUGCUCCUCCUAAAGUGAGUGAGUACAAGAAGAAACAUAUAGGCCCUGGAGGAAUAGCUUUUAUGGUUGGUGGAGGAACAAUAAUGGCCACAGGUGUGGCACUCGUUGUUGCAAUCCGUUUGAAUAAACUGCGUGCACAGAGCCCGAACUUGAAGAGCUCGGAAAGCAACCAUUGCUCUUUGCAUUCUCAUCCGACCAGUGCAACCAUAGAGGUCUCUUCUACAGCAAUAGAUGACAGCCCACAAAUCCCAUCUUUUAAUGCAGCAUCCCUUUUGAGUCCAAUGCUAUGGCCUUCCCUGCAACAUAACAAUGCAGAGGAAGCAUCAAGAAGAAGUUUUUCCAUAGGAGGCAAAUCCACUGGAAGGACGAAAAUUUACACAGUAGCCGAGCUUCAGUUGGCUACUAGCUGCUUCAAUGAAGGCAACCUUCUGGGAGAGGGAUCUCUUGGCCCUGUAUACAGAGCUGGAUUUCCGGAUGGCAAAAUUUUGGCCGUGAAGAAUAUAAACAUGGCGGGCCAGUCCUUCAGAAAAGAGGAAAAGUUUUUGGAUGUCAUUUGCACGGCUUCGCGACUGAAGCACCCCAACAUCGUAGCACUCAAUGGUUACUGUCUGGAGCGCGGAAACCAUCUUCUUGUUUACGAUUACGUCAGAAAUUUAACUCUAAACGAUGCUCUUCACAGUGAAACAUACAAACCUCUAUCGUGGAUCCACCGUCUCCAGAUUGCUGUAGGUGUUGCUCAGGCUCUGGACUAUUUGCACUCAGCCUGCCCUCCUGUGGCCCACGGAAACUUGAAGGCUGCCAAUGUUCUACUGGACGAAAAUUUGAUGCCUCGUGUUAGUGACUGUGGCUUGGCUAUUUUAAGACCACUGAGGAGCAAUCAAGUUAAAAUUCCAGCUACUGAGAUUAUUCUUGGAGAGAGAGGCUACGCUGCACCUGACCAUGGCCAACCAGGAACCAGCAGCAGAAAGAGAGACGUCUAUGCCUUUGGGGUAUUGCUUCUGGAAAUGUUAACAGGAAGGAAACCUUUCGAUGGUUCCAAGCCAAGGGAGGAGCAAUAUCUGGCGAAAUGGGCUUCAUCUAGGCUUCAAGAUAGCGCGAGUUUGGAACAGAUGGUGGAUCCCAAUAUGAAAAGGACAUUUUCAUCCAAGGCCCUUUCUCGUUAUGCUAAAAUCAUCUCCCUCUGUAUACAGCCUGUAAGGCAGUUCCGUCCUCCAAUGUCUGAAGUUGUGGAGUCUCUUGUAUCUUUUUCGCAAAAGUUCAACACUGCAAAGAGCCGUGUAGCAGAUGGUUCUGAACUUGAUCCAUUGGAGAGGUCUUUUCGUUCAACCAACACACGCUUUAUUGGUUCACCGGCAUUGAGCCGCCAUGUAUCACCAUGA